AUGUCAAGGGCGCUUGAUCCCAGUGUCAAGGAAGCUCUGGGAAACGGCCGUCACGCGGACGUCUUUGAACAGGUGGCAACCGUCUUCUCGACCACACAACAGCAACAUGGAUACCUCGAGAUAGAGAUACUGCCGCGAAGCCACGCCGUGGACGAGAGCGCGCACUUUCUGCAAGACGGGCGCUUCGUCGCGAUCCCCCGGCUGAGGCUAGCACAGGCAUUCCUACACGCCCGCCGCAUCCUAGCAAGCUCCCUGUCGCAGAGCGGCGAACCCGUCGCCGGCGAUGACGACGAGCUGCAAAGCUCCACGGCCGUCAUCCUCCUCAUGGACCCGGAACAUCUUACGGCAGCCAACACCAGGAAAAGACUGCUGCUGCGGAAACGGCAGAGCCAGGCGGCGGGCAGCGCCGGAUACAGGGAGAGGCUCGCCCGCGAGUCGUUCGUCCUCAACAGCCUGCUGACCAGCAGGCUGCACCGACACACAAAGUCGCCCGUGCUGUGGAAUCACAAACGAUGGCUGCUGCGGCAGAUGGAGCAGGCGGAGCUGCCGGUGGACACGGCGCACGAGUUCGAGAGGGUCAUAUGCGUUGCGGCAGAGAGGCACGCGCGAAACUACCACGCCUGGUCGUAUGCGAGGGAUGUGAUGGCGCUGCGGACCUCGCGCGAGGGACGCGGCACCGGCCAGCCGGAUACCGGGGCGGGUGAGAUUGUCGCCCUGGUUGCGAGGUGGUGCCGCCUUCACCACGACGACAUAUCGGGCUGGUCGUUCCUGCUGCACCUUGCGCUGCUGUUUCCGAGCAGGGCCGCGGGGGUGUUUGACGACGUGGUGUCGCUGACUGAGAAGUACAGAUGGCGCAACGAGUCGGUCUGGCACUUUGUCAGAAAUGCUGCUCUGGUCCCGGGUGUUCAUCAAGUCCAAGUCCAGCCGACGGACGAGGCGCGUGUGACUCGAGUGUGGAAGAUGCUGAGAAGAGAGGUGGCAGAGGAGGGGGAUCUGGAAGCACGCAUGCUGGAGGCCAAGAUCCUGGAUAGAGCGGCAGGCUAUAUUGGAGUCGACCCGGACAGUUGGAGGGCAUAG